UAUGACAUCAACAUCCAAAGGAAUUCUCCGCCCAUUUUUGAUCAUCUGCAUCAUCCUGGGUUGCUUCAUGGCAUGUCUGCUCAUUUACAUUAAGCCCACGAACAGCUGGAUCUUCAGUCCAAUGGAGUCAGCCAGCUCUGUACUGAAGAUGAAAAAUUUCUUCUCCACCAAAACUGAUUAUUUUAACGAAACUACUAUCCUGGUGUGGGUAUGGCCAUUUGGGCAGACCUUUGAUUUAACAUCCUGCCAAACAAUGUUCAACAUCCAAGGAUGCCAUCUUACAACAGACCGUUCACUGUACAACAAAUCGCACGCAGUUCUCAUCCAUCACCGAGACAUCAGUUGGGAUCUGACUAACUUACCUCAGCAAGCUAGGCCGCCCUUCCAGAAAUGGAUUUGGAUGAACUUGGAAUCACCAACUCAUACUCCCCAAAAGAGUGGAAUCGAGCACCUGUUUAACCUGACUCUGACUUAUCGCCGUGACUCAGAUAUCCAAGUGCCUUAUGGCUUCUUGACGGUGAGCACAAACCCCUUCGUGUUCGAAGUGCCAAACAAAGAGAAGUUGGUAUGUUGGGUUGUAAGUAACUGGAACCCUGAGCAUGCCAGGGUCAAGUAUUAUAAUGAGCUAAGUAAAAGCAUUGAAAUCCAUACCUAUGGGCAAGCGUUUGGAGAAUAUGUCAAUGAUAAAAAUUUGAUUCCUACCAUAUCUACUUGUAAAUUCUAUCUUUCCUUUGAAAACUCUAUCCAUAAAGAUUACAUCACAGAAAAGCUCUACAAUGCUUUUCUGGCUGGCUCUGUGCCUGUUGUUCUGGGGCCUUCUAGGGAAAACUAUGAGAAUUAUAUUCCAGCAGAUUCAUUCAUUCAUGUAGAAGAUUAUAAUUCUCCCAGUGAGCUAGCAAAGUAUUUGAAGGAGGUCGACAAAAACAACAAGCUAUACCUUAGUUACUUUAACUGGAGGAAAGAUUUUACUGUGAAUCUUCCACGAUUUUGGGAAUCACAUGCAUGCUUGGCUUGUGAUCAUGUGAAAAGGCAUCAAGAGUAUAAGUCUGUUGGUAAUUUAGAGAAAUGGUUUUGGAAUUAAAGUUUUGCAUAUUUGGUAAAAUAUUUUGAUGAUAGAUCAUCCAAAUUUCAAGGAUAAGAAAAACAACAUUCUGCUUUUAUGUCAUAAUUCAUUUUUAUCAUCCAUUCUGGGGUGACAUGUAUAUUUUGAUGGAGAUUUUUUAAGAACUCAGCAUUAGCAAUCAUCCGAUUUGGUUUUGAAUUAUACUGUAUAUACCUAAUUAAAUACACUGAAAAAUAAUUUAUUCUUCUUUAUUGUUUGUAAAAAUUGUUAUUUUACAUUU